CUGCUUCUUCCUCCCUCCGCCCAUCCUCCACUCCGCCUCCCUCACCAACCAAACCGACCGCCCUCCAAUGGCCGCGCCCGUGUCGCAGCCGCCGGUGGCCGCCAGGGCGUCCUCGCGCUUCCUCCCCCGCGGACUCGGCGCCUUCCCGGACACCGCCCCCGCCUCCCUCCGCUUCUCCGUCGGCCGCGGUCGUCGCGCCGCCCGCCUAGAGGUGAAGGCGUCUGGAAAUGUCUUCGGGAACUACUUCCAGGUUGCAACCUAUGGUGAGUCCCAUGGAGGCGGUGUGGGCUGUGUCAUCAGUGGUUGCCCACCCAGAAUUCCUCUCACUGAGGCAGAUAUGCAAGUAGAACUCGACAGAAGACGUCCGGGCCAGAGUAGAAUUACCACCCCAAGAAAGGAGACUGAUACAUGCAAAAUUCUUUCAGGGACACAUGAAGGGUUGACCACUGGCACGCCAAUUCAUGUUUUUGUCCCAAACACAGAUCAAAGAGGCGGAGAUUACAGUGAAAUGGCUAAGGCGUACAGGCCUUCCCAUGCAGAUGCAACUUAUGAUUUCAAAUACGGUGUUAGAGCUGUGCAGGGAGGUGGAAGGUCAUCUGCCAGAGAAACCAUUGGAAGGGUGGCUGCAGGAGCUCUUGCAAAGAAAAUUCUUAAGCUUAAAUCUGGAGUAGAGAUCUUGGCGUUUGUUUCCAAAGUGCAUCAAGUCGUACUUCCAGAAGAUGCAGUUGAUUAUGAAACUGUAACCUUGGAACAGAUAGAAAGCAACAUUGUUAGAUGUCCUGAUCCAGAAUAUGCAGAGAAGAUGAUUGCUGCAAUUGAUAAAGUACGAGUUAGAGGGGACUCGAUUGGUGGGGUGGUCACAUGCAUUGCAAGAAAUGUUCCUCGUGGGCUCGGCUCUCCUGUAUUUGACAAACUUGAAGCUGAACUGGCAAAAGCUAUGCUAUCUCUUCCUGCAAGCAAGGGGUUUGAGAUUGGUAGUGGGUUUGCCGGUACUGACUUUACUGGAAGUGAGCAUAAUGAUGAGUUCUACAUGGAUGAGGCUGGAAAUGUGAGAACACGAUCUAAUCGCUCAGGCGGUGUGCAGGGAGGGAUAUCAAAUGGUGAAGUUAUAUACUUCAAAGUAGCUUUUAAGCCAACAGCAACUAUUGGAAGGAAACAAAAUACUGUGUCAAGGGAGCAUGAGGAUGUUGAACUUUUAGCAAGGGGCCGCCAUGACCCAUGUGUUGUCCCACGAGCUGUUCCUAUGGUGGAAUCCAUGGCUGCGUUGGUCCUGAUGGACCAGCUGAUGGCACAUAUUGCACAGUGCGAGAUGUUUCCACUGAACCUUGCCCUACAAGAACCAGUCAGCUCUGCUAGCAGUGUAUCUGAAUUGGCACCAAACCUAUCAUAAUUUCUGUUUUCGAACAAAAAUACCCAUUUUAUGGGGUUUUACCCUCCAGUUUUCUUUCUUAUCAGCCGUAAUUCUGGGCUUUGCUAAGCAGUUUGCAGUUUUGGACCAAGCCUGUAUGCUAGCAUACACCCUCGAUUAUUGUACCCUAGAUAGAUGUGCGUUUAUUUUUUGUGAUGUGUAGUAUAACAAGACAUGUACCCUUUUUUGGUGAGAUAAUGGCAUAAUGCAUGAUAUGCAGUUGUUUGAGCAAUAAAGAAUCUUUUUUCAGUUUGGGCGAUAUAA